UCACUUCAAGAUGCUGUCAAGACAGUAUUUCUCCAGAUCCCUUCAAUCACAGUUUGAGAGUUGUGUUGGGGUAGUAAAAAGGAUAUUGUAUCUUUGUGUUGGGGCAGUAAAGAGUAUAUUGUAGUUAAAGAACAAGUUAAAUUGUAACUCUCCACCUGUUCCUCUAUGGACUCUGGUUCAGGAGGGUGAAACAGAAAGCCCAAUGGAAUGUGAGCGUCAGAGAAGGUAAAGAAUGAGAGGGUACUUGAAAGGUCAGAAAGAGAUCUUCCCCUUUAUAUGUCAUUUCAAGACCAUAGCCAGUGCUUUGUGACUGAGGCUCACAGGGUCCUUUAGUGGGCCUCAGUUCUCAAGGUGUGCAUCCUAUGCCUGAGAUCCACGUGGUCUACAGAUGGCUAAGCUUCGGAGUUGGCUUCUAGUGAGCUUAUUUCUCACUGAGGCUCUUUUUUUGGAGGCUGCGAAAAUCCUGACUAUAGCUACACUGGGUGGAAGCCAUUAUUUAGUAUUGAGCCGUGUGUCACAAAUCCUUCAAGACAAUGGCCAUAAUGUGACCCAGCUGCUUAAUACAAUUUCUCACAUUCCAGAUUUUAAAAAAGAGAAAAUAUCAUACCAGGUUUUAAACUGGCAUCUUCCUGAAAAUCAAGAAAAGGAAUUCCAUAAUAGACUAGAUCUCCUUUCAGAAGAAUUAGUUCAUCCAAGAUGGAGAGCCCCUGGUCUCUCGUCUUGUGGAUCUUUGGAUGCAGGAGGACAGGAUGCACUUGUGCACUUUUACCAGGAUGCUUAUCUAGUAAGCACUGAUGUGAAACGGUCCCUAGAGAAGUGCCGUAGGCAAGAGUCAUCGGACUUGGAGGAUUUUAUCUCUAAGUUUGGAGACUCAGGUUUUGUUCUUGUGGCCCUGGGCUCCUUAGUAACCCUGCAUCAGACGAAGGAACUUAUUAAGGAGAUGAACAGUGCCUUUGCUCGCCUCCCUCAAGGGGUGCUAUGGACAGUUAAGGAUGACCAUUGGCCCAAAGAUGUGAGAUUGGCCCCAAAUGUCAAAAUCAUGGAUUGGGUUCCUCAGGAUGACCUUCUGGCUCAUCCUAGUAUUCGACUUUUUGUCACCCAUGGUGGAAUGAAUAGCAUCAUGGAGGCCAUCCAGCAUGGAGUACCCAUCGUGGGAAUUCCAUUUUGUACAGACCAACCUGAAAACAUGAUCCGAAUAGAAGUUAAGAAAAUUGGUGUUUCUGUUCAGCUAGAGACAAUCAAGGCAGAAACAUUUGCACUUACCCUGAAAGAAGUCAUAGAAGACAAGAGGUACAAGACUGCAGCAAUGACUGCCAGGGCCAUCAGGCGCUCCCACCCCCUCACACCGUCCCAGCGUCUGGUGGGCUGGAUUGACCACAUCCUACAAUCAGGGGGAGGAGCACAUCUAAAGCCCCAUGGCUUUCAACAGCCAUGGCAUGUCCAGUACCUGCUGGAUGUCCUGUUGUUCCUGCUGGGGCUCACUCUGGCCACCUUGUGGCUGUUGAAGAAAGUGCUGAGCUUGUUGCUCAGGACUCUGUGUGUGGCUAGGAAGAAAAAGAAGGCAUAAUGUUAAGUUUGACCUGGGGAAGACAUUGGGAGCUCUGUCUCUUUAAAGGCUUCCCCGUUCCCUAGCACAAGGAACUCCCAGGGUUCUCCUCUUUCCUUCUUCCUGCUGUGGACCUCCAGUUGUCCUCACUAUUUCUGCUUUUUUCAUAAUCCUCAUACAGUACAUUGACUGACUGGUGACUCCUCAUUCCCUGGCUCUUUUUGCUCUAGUACCAACCUUCCUUUCUCAGCCUUUGUUUCUCUUCAAUCAUUUUUGCCAUUAACAGCGUUAUGAGAGUGUCAUCCUCUUUGUGACUUCUAGUCUCUGACUCUUACUCCUCCAAUUGUUUUAGAUAAAAAACCCACAUAUUUACAAAUUUCACUUACUCCUAUAUUUUUCUUGUCUUUUAGCCUCUCUUUAGAGUUCAGAAUAUUUGUCCAGUUUCAGGAUUCAAUAUGAACAAAUUUUACCAACAAUGACAACAUAUGAAUACAGUAGAUUAUUUUUCUUAAUAAAAUCAAAAUUAAAGUUCAUAGAAAAUUGAA